AUGACUCUAAGCCUUUUUGAUCAAUUUAUGAGCCCCACACUCCUUGGAAUUCCUCUCAUGGCCUUAGCCUUAACCCUACCAUGAAUUCUCUUUUUUAAACCAGGUAAUCGAUGAUCCUCCAGUCGAUUUUCAGCCCUUGUAGCCCAAUUCCUUAAAUGAUUUACUAAAGAGAUCUUUCAACCUAUAAGCUUAGGAGGCCAUAAAUGAGCUCUUAUCCUCACCUCUUUAGUUCUAUUCUUAAUUACCUUAAAUAUAUUAGGUCUCCUUCCUUACACAUUUACGCCCACUACCCAGUUAUCAAUAAAUAUAGCCUUUGCAGUCCCACUUUGAUUAGCUACUGUUAUUAUUGGUAUACGAAAUCAACCAAAUCUUUCGCUUGCCCAUAUACUUCCAGAAGGAACUCCUGCCUUACUAAUCCCUAUUCUGAUUGUAAUCGAGACCAUUAGCCUUUUUAUUCGACCUUUAGCACUUGGAGUCCGAUUGACUGCUAAUCUUACAGCAGGUCAUCUCCUAAUUCAACUUAUCGCAACCGCAGCUUAUGUCCUUAUAUCAAUUAUACCUGUUGUUGCAAUUUUAACAUCUGUUCUCUUAUUCCUUCUUACUCUGCUUGAAGUAGCCGUUGCAAUAAUUCAAGCAUACGUGUUCGUCCUACUAUUAAGCCUAUAUUUACAAGAAAACGUUUAA